AUGGGAAAAUUGACUUCAAUGCUAGGUCUUCUCUUGACGCACCCUCUUGAGUUCAGAACUCUUCUUCAUUUCUACCUUUACCAUGAGACGAAACGCGAUAUCACCGCUCAGCAAGAGCACCCCACGUCAGGCUGGGAUCGAGCCUCCAUGCGCCGCUGCUGGGAAUUCCUCGACAUGACAAGCAGAAGUUUUGCAGCUGUCAUCAAGGAGCUUGACGGUGACCUCGCAAGAACGAUUUGCAUGUACUACCUCAUUCUGCGCGGCCUGGACACAAUUGAAGAUGACAUGACUAUUCCUGACGAGAAGAAGCAGCCAAUACUCCGCCAAUUCCAUAACUUAACGGUAACCCCUGGCUGGAACUUUACAGAGAACGGCCCUGAUGAGAAAGAUCGAAACCUGCUCCUCGAAUACGACACUGUCGUAGAAGAAGUCAAUAGACUACCACCCCAAUACAAGACUGUCAUUCUUGACAUCUGUCAGAAAAUGGAGAACGGUAUGGCUGAUUACGCACAUAAAGCCGCAACCAACGGCACUGUUUACCUCGAGACUAUUGCGGACUAUGACCUCUAUUGCCACUACGUCGCAGGCCUCGUAGGUGAAGGCCUCACUCGCAUUUGGUCAGCUUCAGGCAAGGAAGCGUCUUUUCUUUGCGAUCAACUUGAGCUAGCAAACUCUAUGGGCCUUCUCCUCCAAAAGACCAACAUUAUCCGUGAUUUCCGGGAAGACGUCGAGGAGAGACGCUUCUUUUGGCCUCGAGAAAUUUGGGCUAAAUACGGCUUCAACGAAAUGAAAGAUAUGUACGAGAAGGGUGACAUUGAGCGUGCCACGUGGAUACAAAGCGGUAUGGUUCUUGAUGCUCUGCGACAUGCAUGCGAUUCUUUGGACUACCUGCGCCUACUCAAAAACCAGAGCGUGUUCGUGUUCUGCGCAGUCCCCGUCUCCAUGGCAAUGGCUACAUUGUCACUUUGCUUCAUGAACCCAGAAAUGUUCCAGCGCAACAUCAAGAUACGGAAAGCGGAGGCUGCUCAACUCAUUAUGCGGUCAACAAACACCAGAGAAGUCGCUUUAAUCUUCCGGGAGUACGCACGGAAGAUUCACCACAAGGCCAAACCGCAUGAUCCAAACUUCCUCAAAAUUUCAGUGAUGUGCUGCAAGAUCGAGCAAUGGUGUGAACAAAAUUUCCCUUCGUUCGUUAUACUCGGCGAAAAGGGGCCGAUAUACGAUUCUGCAGACAAGAGAACGGCCGUCUUCAGAGCAGAAGAGAAGAGGGCAGCGCAGCGUCUUGCUGCUGAUCCAAGGAACGCACCCCUGCCUCAGGACUUGUUCCCAUGGGAGCUGGCCGCCUAUGUCGUUGGCGGAAUGUUGAUUAUGCUGAGCCUAAGCGCUCUUAUCGUGUGGGUCAUGCUCAAAUUUCUUCCACAGGCAUAA